UCUUCUCGCCGAGGCCGCCUCGCCCGCCGCGCGCGCCCGUCCGGCAGCGCACGGGUUAAGGCUGGCACCGCGCCCGGCGGGAGGGGGGGCGCCCACCUCCCCUCCCCCCCGUGCCGGGCAUGCGGGGCCCGCUGGGCACCGAGGAGGAGCUGCCGCGGCUGUUCGCGGACGAGAUGGAGAACGAGGACGAGAUGUCAGAAGAAGAAGAUGGUGGCCUUGAAGGCUUCGAUGACUUUUUCCCGGAGGAGCCCGUGAGCCUCCCCAAGAAGAAAAAGUCCAAGAAGCUCAAGGAGAACAGGUCCAAAGGGAAGAGGAAGAAGAAAGAGGGGAGCAAUGACGAGCUGUCGGAAAACGAAGAGGAUCUGGAAGAGAAGUCGGAGAGUGAAGGCAGUGACUACUCCCCGAAUAAAAAGAAGAAGAAAAAACUCAAGGACAAGAAGGAGAAAAAAGCUAAACGGAAAAAGAAAGAUGAUGAGGAGGAUGACAAUGAAGAUGGGUGCCUCAAGGAGCCCAAGUCCUCGGGGCAGCUCAUGGCCGAGUGGGGCCUGGACGACGUGGACUACCUGUUCUCUGAGGCCGACUACCACACGCUGACCAACUACAAAGCCUUCAGCCAGUUCCUCAGACCGCUCAUCGCCAAGAAGAACCCGAAGAUCCCCAUGUCAAAGAUGAUGACUGUCCUGGGUGCCAAGUGGCGGGAAUUCAGUGCCAACAACCCCUUCAAGGGCAGCUCGGCGGCAGCGGCUGCAGCAGCAGUGGCUGCGGCCGUGGAGACGGUCACCAUCGCGCCUCCCCUGGCUAUCAGCCCCCAGCAGGCACCCCAGCCUGUGCCCAUCCGCAAGGCCAAGACCAAAGAGGGCAAGGGGCCUGGAGUGAGGAAGAAGAUCAAAGGCUCCAAGGAUGCGAAGAAAAAGGGCAAAGGGAGAAAGGUGACUGGGCUCAAGUUCCGCUUCGGAGGGGUCGGCAGCAAGAGGAAGAAGGGGUCCUCGAGCGAGGAGGAUGAGCGAGAGGAGUCGGACUUCGACAGCGCCAGCAUCCACAGCUCCUCCAUGCGCUCCGAGUGCUCUGCUGCCCUGGGGAAGAAGAGCAAGAGGAGGCGCAAGAAGAAGAGAAUCGAUGAUGGCGAUGGCUAUGAGACGGACCACCAGGACUACUGUGAGGUGUGCCAGCAGGGUGGGGAGAUCAUUCUGUGUGACACCUGCCCGAGGGCCUACCACCUCGUCUGUCUGGACCCCGAGCUGGAGAAAGCUCCUGAGGGCAAGUGGAGCUGUCCCCACUGUGAGAAGGAAGGGAUCCAGUGGGAGCCGAAGGACGACGACGACGACGAGGACGAGGGCGGCUGCGAGGAGGAGGAGGACGACCACAUGGAGUUCUGCCGCGUGUGCAAGGACGGCGGCGAGCUGCUCUGCUGCGACGCCUGCCCCUCUUCCUACCACCUGCACUGCCUCAACCCGCCGCUGCCCGAGAUCCCAAACGGUGAAUGGCUCUGCCCGCGCUGUACUUGUCCCCCACUGAAGGGCAAAGUCCAGCGGAUCCUGCACUGGCGGUGGACAGAGCCCCCAGCCCCCUUCAUAGCGGGGCUGCCGGGGCCUGAUGUGGACCCUGGUGUACCCCCGCCCAAGCCCCUGGAGGGCAUCCCGGAGAGAGAGUUCUUCGUCAAGUGGGCUGGGCUCUCCUACUGGCACUGCUCCUGGGUGAAGGAGCUCCAGCUGGAGCUCUACCACACAGUGAUGUAUCGCAACUACCAAAGAAAGAACGACAUGGAUGAGCCACCACCCUUUGACUAUGGCUCUGGCGACGAGGACGGCAAGAGCGAGAAGAGGAAGAACAAGGACCCUCUCUAUGCCAAGAUGGAGGAGCGCUUCUACCGUUACGGCAUCAAGCCUGAGUGGAUGAUGAUCCACCGCAUCCUGAACCAUAGCUUCGAUAAAAAGGGGGACGUACAUUACCUAAUCAAGUGGAAAGACCUGCCCUACGACCAGUGUACCUGGGAGAUUGACGAAAUUGACAUCCCCUACUACGACAGCCUGAAGCAGGCCUACUGGGGCCACAGGGAGCUGAUGCUGGGAGAGGACGCCAGGCUGCCCAAGAGGCUGGUCAAGAAGGGCAAGAAGCUGAAGGAUGACAAACAGGAGAAGCCCCCGGACACACCCAUUGUGGAUCCCACGGUCAAGUUUGACAAACAGCCAUGGUACAUCGACUCCACGGGCGGCACGCUGCACCCGUACCAGCUGGAGGGCCUGAACUGGCUGCGCUUCUCCUGGGCCCAGGGCACUGACACCAUCCUGGCCGACGAGAUGGGCCUGGGCAAGACUGUGCAGACCAUCGUCUUCCUCUAUUCCCUGUACAAGGAGGGGCACUCCAAAGGGCCCUACCUGGUCAGUGCGCCCCUGUCCACCAUCAUCAACUGGGAACGUGAAUUCGAGAUGUGGGCCCCUGACUUCUACGUGGUCACCUACACGGGGGACAAGGAGAGCCGCUCCGUGAUCAGGGAGAAUGAGUUUUCCUUUGAGGACAAUGCCAUUCGGAGUGGGAAGAAGGUGUUCCGGAUGAAGAAAGAAGUGCAGAUCAAAUUCCAUGUCCUUCUCACCUCCUAUGAGCUCAUCACCAUCGACCAGGCCAUCCUGGGCUCUAUCGAGUGGGCCUGCCUCGUGGUGGAUGAGGCCCACCGGCUCAAGAACAACCAGUCCAAGUUCUUUAGGGUCUUGAACAGCUACAAGAUCGAUUAUAAGCUGCUGCUGACAGGGACCCCCCUUCAGAACAACCUGGAAGAACUGUUCCACCUCCUCAACUUCCUGACUCCAGAGAGGUUCAACAACCUGGAGGGCUUCCUGGAGGAGUUUGCUGACAUCUCCAAGGAAGACCAGAUCAAGAAGCUGCACGACCUGCUGGGGCCGCACAUGCUGAGGCGGCUCAAGGCUGAUGUGUUCAAGAACAUGCCGGCGAAGACUGAGCUGAUUGUCCGCGUGGAGUUGAGCCAGAUGCAGAAGAAGUACUACAAGUUCAUCCUCACACGGAACUUCGAGGCGCUGAACUCCAAGGGGGGUGGGAACCAGGUGUCACUGCUUAACAUCAUGAUGGACCUGAAGAAGUGCUGCAACCACCCCUACCUCUUCCCUGUGGCUGCUGUGGAGGCCCCCGUCCUGCCCAAUGGCUCCUAUGAUGGCAGCUCUCUGGUCAAGUCUUCAGGGAAGCUCAUGCUGCUACAGAAGAUGCUCAAGAAACUGCGGGAUGAAGGGCACCGUGUGCUCAUCUUCUCCCAGAUGACCAAGAUGCUGGACCUCCUGGAGGACUUCCUGGAGUAUGAGGGCUACAAGUAUGAGCGGAUUGACGGUGGCAUCACGGGGGGCCUUCGGCAAGAAGCAAUUGACAGAUUCAAUGCCCCUGGGGCCCAGCAGUUCUGCUUCCUCCUUUCGACCCGGGCAGGUGGCCUGGGGAUCAACCUGGCCACGGCAGACACGGUCAUCAUCUAUGACUCGGACUGGAACCCGCACAAUGACAUCCAGGCCUUCAGCCGCGCCCACCGCAUUGGGCAGAACAAGAAGGUGAUGAUCUACCGCUUCGUGACGCGGGCCUCGGUGGAGGAGCGCAUCACGCAGGUGGCCAAGCGCAAGAUGAUGCUCACCCACCUGGUGGUGCGACCUGGCCUGGGCUCCAAGUCUGGCUCCAUGACCAAGCAGGAGCUGGAUGACAUCCUCAAGUUUGGCACAGAGGAGCUCUUCAAGGAUGAUGUGGAGGGUAUGAUGUCUCAGGGCCAGAGACCCGCCACGCCCAUCCCUGAUGUCCAGUCCUCCAAAGGGGGAGCCUUGGCCGCCAGCGCCAAGAAAAAGCAUGGCAGCACUCCGCCAGGUGACAACAAGGACGUGGAGGAUAGCAGUGUGAUCCACUAUGACGAUGCGGCCAUCUCCAAGCUGCUGGACCGGAACCAGGAUGCCACGGACGACACGGAGCUCCAGAACAUGAAUGAAUACCUGAGCUCCUUCAAGGUGGCGCAGUAUGUGGUGCGCGAGGAGGAUGGCGUGGAGGAGGUGGAACGCGAGAUCAUCAAGCAGGAGGAGAACGUGGACCCUGACUACUGGGAGAAGCUGCUGCGGCACCACUAUGAGCAGCAGCAGGAGGACCUGGCCCGCAACCUGGGCAAGGGCAAGCGCAUCCGCAAGCAGGUCAACUACAACGAUGCCUCCCAGGAGGACCAGGAGUGGCAGGACGAGCUCUCAGACAACCAGUCUGAAUAUUCCAUUGGCUCUGAGGAUGAGGACGAGGACUUUGAGGAAAGGCCGGAAGGGCAGAGUGGACGGCGACAAUCCAGGAGGCAGCUGAAGAGCGACAGGGACAAGCCUCUGCCCCCUCUUCUUGCCCGGGUCGGCGGCAACAUUGAGGUGCUAGGCUUCAACGCCCGCCAGCGGAAGGCCUUUUUGAAUGCCAUCAUGCGCUGGGGCAUGCCCCCCCAGGAUGCCUUCAACUCCCACUGGCUGGUGCGGGACCUUCGUGGGAAGAGCGAGAAGGAGUUUAGAGCCUAUGUGUCCCUCUUCAUGCGGCACCUGUGUGAGCCGGGGGCUGACGGCGCGGAGACCUUUGCGGACGGCGUGCCCCGCGAGGGCCUCUCCAGGCAGCACGUGCUCACGCGCAUCGGGGUCAUGUCACUAGUUAGGAAGAAGGUUCAGGAAUUUGAGCACGUCAACGGGAAGUACAGCACCCCGGAUCUGAUCCCCGAGGGGCCCGAGGGCAAGAAGCCGGGCGAAGCCAUCUCCUCGGAUCCCAACACACCAGUGCCCGCCAGCCCUGCUCACCUCCUGCCUGGCCCUCUGGGCCUGCCAGACAAAAUGGAAGCCCCACUAGGCUACAUGGAUGAGAAGGAGGUGGGAGUGCAGAAGCCAAAGAAGCCCCCAGAAAUCCAGGCCCUGCCAACUGCCCUGGACAGAGUGGAGGGAGAGGACAAGCAGGAGAGCUCCGAUGGCAAGGAGAGGGCCCGAGAGGAGCGACUGGAGGAGAUGGAGAAGGCCCAGCCCUCCCCGGAGCAGCUGCCGAAAGAAGAAGUGCUUCCUGAGAAGGAGAAGGUUCUGGACAAGCUGGAACUGAGCUUGAUUCACAGCAGGGGCGACAGCAGCGACUUCAGGCCAGAUGACACCAAAGCUGAGGAGAAGGAGCCUGUUGAGACCCAGCAAAAUGGUGACAAAGAGGAAGAUGAAGAGGGGAAGAAGGAGGACAAGAUUGGGAAGUUCAAGUUUAUGUUCAACAUUGCAGAUGGGGGAUUCACAGAGCUGCACACACUGUGGCAGAAUGAGGAGCGUGCCGCCGUGUCCUCGGGGAAAAUCUACGACAUCUGGCACCGGCGCCACGACUACUGGCUGCUGGCGGGCAUUGUCACGCAUGGCUAUGCCCGCUGGCAGGACAUCCAGAACGACCCGAGAUACAUGAUCCUCAACGAGCCCUUCAAGUCUGAGAUCCACAAGGGCAACUACCUGGAGAUGAAGAACAAGUUCCUGGCCCGCAGGUUCAAGCUGCUGGAGCAGGCACUGGUCAUUGAGGAACAGCUCCGGAGGGCCGCAUACCUCAACAUGACCCAGGACCCCAACCAUCCUGCCAUGGCCCUCAACGCCCGCCUGGCCGAGGUGGAGUGCCUUGCCGAGAGCCACCAGCACCUGUCCAAGGAGUCUCUCGCGGGAAACAAGCCUGCCAAUGCUGUCCUGCACAAGGUCCUGAACCAGCUGGAGGAGCUGCUGAGCGACAUGAAGGCGGACGUGACACGCCUCCCCUCCAUGCUGUCCCGCAUCCCCCCGGUGGCCGCCCGCCUCCAGAUGUCGGAGCGCAGCAUCCUGAGCCGCCUGACCAACCGAGCCGGCGACCCCACCAUCCAGCAGAUAUCUAGCCGGCCCCGAGACCUCGCUCUGGUGCAGCGCUCCUUUCCAGCGGAGCCACACCUGCCGGGCCCCCUGCCUGACCCCCACAGGAGAGAAAAGCUGCCGCCUUUCUAGAGCCAGGCCACCCAAGGACAGAAGGGGAAACUGAGUCAUGCCAUCACUGGGGACAAGACCCAGCCAGAAGUGCCACCUGCUCUUAAUCCCAGUGUCCCCCACACCACCUUGGCCGGCUCUGCCAGGAUGACUUCCUAGAAGAGAUUUCAUUUCUUUGUACAUCUUUUUGCACUUUCCUAUUGAAGACUUGAACAAAUUUGUCAUGAUAAAAGUUGAGUGACGUGUGGAGGAGUCUGACCUGCAGCACUUAGGCCUCUCUCUGUGGAUGGGCUCUGGACCCGAGGGAAGCUCCCGGGAGCCCAGCGGCCGCCUUGGACUUGGCCCGGUUGAGGAGGACGCGGUGCCCGCCCUGGAUGCGCUCUGUGUGCCCCUCUCCCCCGUCCUGUCUGCACCGUGUGACUGCCCGUACUCUGACCCUGGCCCAGCGGGGUCCCCCAGUGCCAGGUGGGUCAGAACUGGGGAGCUGCCUGGCCUGCAGGUAGAGACCUGGCUGGCAUCCAGGCCAGGCCAGGCUGCAUCCUGCAAGGCUGGAGACCACAGGUAAUGUGUUCUCUCCGUGGGGGAGAGGGCUCCGUCGGCACGUAUCUGACCCUGGCCCAGCCUGUCUCACAGGCCCCCUGGACUCUGUCGUCACCCGUGGAGGGUCUGUGGCCCCUGCCCUGGGUCACGGCAUGUGCUCUCCAGAGAGAAGAGAUGGCAGGUGUCAGCCUGGGGGCUGCUGGGGCCUUGGUCUCAGGCAGCUGCAGGAAGGGGCUUACUCUCCCUCCCCGGGUGUGGAUGCUGUCCCAGCAGUGCUGAGAGUGGCCCCGGAGACCCUGGUCCUGCCCUGUGCCCUGGGAGGCCCUUCACACCCACUCCCCAUGUUGUCUUCUGGUGGCUGACAUGGAGAAACCAGGCCAGCCGCCUGGAGCCUCGACUUAUCCCUCCCCUGUCCCUGGAGAGGCCUUGAUCCCAGCACUUGCCCCCUGGGGCAGGCCUGUGACGGCCCUCACUGUGUUCUUCAAAGGUCUGGGGAAAGCUUGGAGACAGGGGACUGGAUCCAUUGGCCUCUCCAGUCUUCCCAACUGGAGCGUCCCCAGCCUCCUGCCCUGUUUGCUGCCAGGAGCGGCCUGCUGGAAUCCCGAUCGCCUUCCACCCAGCUGGUGGUGCCCUCUGAUGGCUCCAGUUCAGAGGAGCAGAGGGAUGGGCCAGGACCUGGGUCUGUCCGUGUCUGAUGUUCCCUCUGGCCUAGCCUCAGCCUGGAAGGGAUUUCUGAGCCUUGACCAGGGAGCCUUGACCUUCCUGGAGUGGAGCCCUGGUGCAGAAUCCUGUCCAAGUGAGAGACAGGGUGGGCCUGGUCGGGGGGCACCAUGGGAGGGCUCUGUUCAGCUCCCUGGCCAGGACUAGGGCCAGGAUUUGGGGGUGUCUUGGGGACAUGGGGCCAUUGGCUAACCCUCCCAGAGCCCUCAUCUAUAAUGGCUCUCCCCGAACCCCUAGAGGACCGGACCCGAAGGCCCUGUUUAUCUCCAGGCUGACUGACCCUGGCAUUGUUGGUGAAGGAAUGGGAGGUGGCCUAAAAGUGGUACACGGGUGUACGUGUGGCAGGACAUGUGUGGCAGCAGGUGACCUCGCCCUCCAGGAAGGGUUGGGUCACUCCUGCCCACUGUGGUUUUUCCAGUGCCACGUGGGCCUGUAUGUUCCUUGCAAAGGCUCUGGCUCAGGCCAUGGGCUGGGUGACCGCCACAAACCCCCCACCCAGGGCCCCGUGACUGUGUCCUCCCAGGCAGGUGGUCAGUCCUGCGGCUGGGCUUGUGGGGAACACGGUGGACAGGUCCUGAGUGUCAGGGGGCACCUGGUGGAGGACAGGGGUCUGCGUCCCCACUGCCCAACUCCAAGAGCGGGUGGUCCUUUCUCCACCAGCCCUUGCUUCCCGCCCUCCCUCCGUCUCUUCCCUAGGCCUCUGCCCUUUUCCCCUACCAGCUGGACCAGGCACCAGGGAUCGGCCCAGCCACCCGCACUGCCUGGUCCAGGAAGGGCUCAGCUCUCCAAGACCAGCACCUGGGAGGCCUGGGAGGGCGACUGCAGUCGGCUGGGGAGUGGGUUUCUGGUUUUGGAGAGGAAAAAGGAUUUCUAGAGAAUGUUUUUUCUUGGUUUAUCAGUUAUCUCCCUCCCAGAGUUGUAGUGGAUUGUGGGGAGCGGGGCAUCCGUGCUCUUGGACAUCUUCAGGCUGGUUUUGUUUUAGCUGUUGGCACAAUGGGAGUUGUUGUGCAAGCGGAAGCCCCAAAGUGCCAGCCCCAUUUUUGUCCCCAGCCACUUUAUUAUUUAGACCAGUGCUGAGUAGACUUUCUGUUGAACCAUCUUUGGGCAGAGUCUCGGAGAGCAUUGUCUCCUGGGCUCCCUGGUGACCACGGGAGUUUGGGUUGGACUGUGUCUGGGGGUCCCCUCGCACACGCCCACCACGGAAACACAACCUGAGACUCCCCCUGUGCUCGGAGACCCUCCCUGCAAGCCGCCUUCAGAACCUCCUUUGUUUUCUGCAAGUGAUGACCGUGGGCCCAUCCUGCUGGUAUUCAUGACUGGUGCAGGCACCUGCCCUCCUGCUGGUUAGGGGUCCCUUCCCAGGGUCCUCUGGGGGAUCCCUUGCCCAGGUUGGGGGCUGACCGAGUCUCACCCCAUGGACACUUGCAGCCUUUGCUCCCAGUUAUUGGGUCCCAGGGAUGUUGAGGGCCUGAGGGGGUCGUGUAGAGGGUGGGCUUGGGAACCUCCAGAGUGGGGUGGCAGGAAGGAGCUUGGGUGGGAGGCGGGGGCUGAGGUUUUGGCCUGGCCACAACCCAGUGUCCCCACUUUGCACCUGCAGCUGUCCUCUGCUGAUGACCCGUCUCUGUUGAGGAAGCCGCCCCCCCCCCCCCCCAACCCCGAUUUUAUAUUUCUGGAAGUUUACAGGUUGUGGUGCAUCAGCCCAAAGUCAUUGGCUUGUGUUUUGGGAUUUUUUUCUUAGUUUUCAGAUUUUUUUUAAACAAAGUAUUUUUUUAGGUGCGAUAACCCAGAAAGGGCCCGUUGGGUGUGUGUGUGUCCUGAACCCCUGAUACCGAGGUGGGAGUCCGAGCCUCCUAUGCUCCUCUGGGCCUGAGCAUGAGGGGGAGGGUCCCACCUGCACUGGCCCCCUCCUCAGGCAUCAGUGCGUGGGGGGAUGAGAGAGCAGAACCCCACCCAGGCCGGCAUCUGGCCCUGCUGAGAAGCGCCUGCCCCUUCCCCAGCACAAGCCCAGGCUGGUGAAGGGGCUGGGCGCUGGGGUGAGUCGAGGGGGCGGGUCCCAGCCAGGAGCUGGAGCUGGAGGCUGAGCCCCUGUGUGUGGUGACCUAUCAGUCCUCGGGAGGACGUGUGGGAGGCUUGACAAGGACUGUACCCGACACCGUCCCCUUCACUUUGUACUCUGUGUGUAUGUCUUGGUUUUCCGUGUUUUAAUAAAUCCUCUGGGAAAGGAUUGAA